AUGCCCGAGCUAAACGUCCUCAUUGUCGGCGCCGGAAUCGCCGGCCUGACGACGUCCAUUGCCCUAGCGCGCUACAAGAGCGUUCGUGUCACAGUCCUCGAACGGUUCCCCUCCAACGGGCCUGUCGGCAAUGGAAUCCAGGUGCCUCCCAAUGCGGCCCAUGUAAUGAAGGUAUUGGGUCUCCUAGAAAAGCACAUCCAGAGGGCCGUUGGUCCCGCCACGAGCGCCAUAUCGAUGCAUUAUUCCACUGGCGCCGUGCUCGUCAAGCGAGAUUUUACUCGCUGCGGCGAGCUCUACGCCGCUCCCUGGCUGCUGAUGCAGCGGGCCGAUUACUUGACCGUUCUUCUCGACGAAGCCCGCCGACUUGGCGUCCAAGUUCGGUUCGGUUGCGACGUUGGCGCCGUCAACUUUGACACCCCAUCGCUUCGAUUGACCACCGGCGUCAAGUCGACCGUCCGGUCCCUGAUGCACCCUUCCAUCCGUCAGCAACGAGCGAACGCGUUCGCCUACCGGGCCCUGUACACGAAACCUCAGCUGUCGUCUCCGACCCUCCGGUCGAUCCUCCACUCGUCAUCCUGCCUGUUCUGGCUCGGCCCCGAAAUGCAGGUGAUAUGGUACCCUCUCCGCGGGGGCGAGCUCUUCAACCUCGUCGUCUGCGUCGUCGACGCCGACUUCAACGCCAGAUGCGAGCGCGGGGACGCCCGAGAGCUGCUGCGAGAGCGCAUGGCCGACUGGCAGCCACAGCUCAGGGAGUUGAUGGACUUGGCGGAUGAAGUCGUGUGCUUUCCCUUGUUGACGCUCCAAGAUCUCCCAUUCUGGUCCAAGGGUUGUGUGACCGUCAUCGGUGACGCUGCUCACCCAACCCUUCCCUAUCUUGGCCAGGGGGGCGCCAUGUGCGUCGAGGAUGGUCUCAUCCUCGGCGAUCUGCUUGGCCGGAUGACGGAGCACGUCGAUGCGACGGGCAGCGGAACUUUCAAGCAACGCAUCCCAACGAUUCUCGAGUCGUUCAGAUCCAUCAGACAUCCGCGAACGAUGAGAAUCCGGUCCAAGUCUCGGCUGUCGGGCAAGUACAAUCAGCUGGCCGCCGGUCCCCUGCGGCAAGCCCGCGAUGACGAUGCUGCCAGCUACGGCGACGAGGAUACCUGCAUCAGCGAUUGGCCGUGGAUCGACUCACGCUGGAACAGGGAGCUGCUCUCGUACAAGGCGGAUGAGGUGGCCGGUCGCGAGUUUGACCGGCUCGUUGACAGCGGCGCCCUCGACACGAACGCUAGUGGGACGGAGAUGGACAAGGAAGAGAAGCGUAAAGGGGCUCCAACAAGUUGCAGCGUACACUCGAUCGCCGUGGAGAAGAAUUGGGCCCACCUAGUCAGGGACCGCCUUCUGCCCGUCAGGGACUCGUGCGUCAUCAUGUAG